GAGUGUGAGUUCGUCAGAGAUAAGCAUUAAAGGGCCGACACCUCCCCAUGUGCAGCAACUUAUAAAGUAUGAUUUGUUUCCAGUCCAAAGUAUAGCAGCAUUAUUUAUAAAAUAAAACAUCAACACAAAACUAAGAGUUUAUCACAAGUGGUUAUGUAUCGUAUCAAAUGUUUCAAGGGUUUCAAUUUAAAUAUUUUUAUGUGUCCAGUGAGUACACACAGCAGGCAGACUUUGGACUGCUCAAACCGCAACCCCCUCCCCUUGUCCGCUCAGCUCUAGUGCAGAGUCCCGUGUCAGCUGAAACAUGGACGCUAACAACUUCGACUGCAUCGUCCUGGGAGCCGGGAUCCAAGGCUCGUACACCGCCCUCCACCUCGCCAAAAACAAAAAGAGAACUCUACUAGUCGAGCAGUUUGUUCUGCCCCACUCCCGCGGCAGUUCCCACGGACACACGCGCAUUAUCCGGAAAGCCUACGAGCAAGAUUACUACACUCGCAUGAUGUCGGAGUGCUACCAGCUCUGGGCACAGCUGGAGAAGGAGGCUAACGUUCAGAUAUACCGGAACACAGGGAUGUUGAUUGUGGGUAAGGAGGACUGCAGUGCCUUCCGCAGUCUCAGAGGAACACUGCUGCGGAACAACGUCCCGAUGGAGGUCCUCUCUCCCGAUCAGUUUGCAAGCCGCUUCCCCUCCGUCCGCCUCCCCCCAGGGGAGUCUGCCGUGAUCGACAAGACCGCGGGGGUCCUGCACGCCGACCGAGCCCUGAAGGCCGUUCAGGAUCUGUUCCGCGGGCUCGGAGGCGUGAUUCAUGAUGGGGAGAAAGUAGUUGACUUCACACCAGGUUCUCCCAUCACCAUGACAACAAACUCCGGAAUGUAUCGCGCACAAAGUCUGGUAAUUACAGCGGGGCCUUGGGCAAAGAGUGUGCUUGCACGCACAGGACUACAGCUACCACUGCAGGUCUUAAGAAUUAACGUCUGCUACUGGAAGGAAAGGAUCCCUGGUACGUAUGGGAUAGGCAGACACUUCCCCUGCUUCAUCGGCGUGAAGCAGCAUGGAGCGAAACACGACAUAUAUGGCCUGCCAUCCAACGAGUACCCGGGACUUAUGAAGAUCUGUUAUCACAGUGGCAGCGAGACCGAGCCAGAUGAAAGAGACAGGCAGACUUCCCAGGAGGACAUUGCCAUCCUCUCCAGCUUCGUUUCCAAAUCCUUCCCAGGGCUGGACCCCACGCCUGCUGUAGUGGAGCAGUGCAUGUACACGGUCACCCCGGACUCUGAUUUCAUUCUGGACCAGCAUCCCAGUCACAGUAACAUCAUCAUCGGGGCUGGAUUCUCAGGUCACGGCUUCAAGCUCGCCCCGGUAGUGGGGAAGAUCCUGUGUGAGCUUGCCCUGGGGAAGACCCCGUCCUUUGACCUUUCACCUUUCAGAAUCACGAGGUUCCAGUCCCUCCUGAAAUCUGCCCUGUGAAGCAGGGUGCUGGGGAGCAAGCUGAGCAAUUCCAAGGUUUAAAACAAGUCCUGCCCGUAACAGUACUGCGUUUAGAAGAACCGGAAGCCGUUGAAAAGAGAAGUCUAGUGGAAGUGCUUGUCCUUGAAUCUGUUAAGUUUCUUGUAGGCGCGGAAUGGUUCUUGCUUGGCACUGGCAGUCUUAUUUUUCCAUCGCUGCUGUAGUUCUGUAUAACCAAACCCUGCUUAUUAAUUCAUAGGAUGCACUUCAUCUUGAAAUAGCGCUUGUUCUGGGUGUGACAUUACUGUCGUUCUAAGUGGUGCUGGGAUGGGGUGCCAUGGUAACGGUACGUGUGUUCAGCUUUUAAAAUAAAUAAAUAAAUAAAUAAAUAAAUAAAU